UGCGGAGCGCCUAUAAGUACUAGCUGGAGGCCGUCGCGCGCGCUGUAGACCUUCUGCGGGGGAUUCCGGCUGGAGCGGUCGGCGUCUUUUGGGUGUGCGCGAGCCUCCGGUUUCUUUCUUUUUUUUGCUCUUCAAUCCGUGCGGUCGUCAUGAAGACCAAGUUCUGUAACGGCGGCGGGGCCGAUCCUUCUUCCCCUCUGGGUUUCCUGCUGGGAUGCGCCCCGGGCCCGGUGUUACCCCCCGCCCUCACUCAAUCGGCCCCUUCGCCCCCAUCUUCUAACGCCGAUGCCGAAGGGAAGGAGCUGGGGCUCCGGGGCCAGGGCCACCAACAGCAGCCGCCGCCACCGCAGCCUCUCGUUCUGCCGCCCACCCCUCCAUCCCUGCCGGCGGAGGAGCAGCCCGAUCCCCGCACCCGGCGCAAGGCGUAUCUGUGGUGCCGGGAGUUCUUGCGGGGGGCGUGGCGGGGGCUGCGGGAGGACCAGCUGCGCAUCACGCCCAUCAGAGGAGGCCUCAGCAACAUGCUUUUCCAGUGUUCUUUGCCUGACACUAUAGAGACUGUUGCAGAUGAACCACGCACUAUUCUUCUUCGUUUAUAUGGUGCAAUUCUGCAAAUGAGGUCCUGUAAUAAAGGAGGAUCUGGACAGGCUCAAAAGGAGAAUGAUUUACAAGGUGCAGAAGCUGUUGUUCUGGAGAGUGUUAUGUUUGCCAUUCUUGCAGAGAGAGCUCUUGGUCCAAAACUGUAUGGAAUCUUCCCACAAGGCCGCCUGGAGGAAUUCAUUCCUAGCAGAAAGUUGGAUACCGAGGAGCUAAGCAUGCCAGAUAUAUCAGCAGAAAUAGCUGAAAAAAUGGCUAAAUUUCAUGGGAUGAAAAUGCCAUUUAAUAAAGAACCUAAGUGGCUGUUUGGAACCAUGGAGAAGUACUUGAACCAAGUCAUGAGAAUCAAGUUUACCAGAGAGUCACGUGUGAGAAAACUGAACAAGAUUCUCAGCUACAACUUGCCUCAAGAAAUGAAAAACUUAAGAUCUUUACUUGAAGCUACUCCAUCUCCAGUUGUGUUUUGUCAUAAUGACUGCCAAGAAGGAAAUAUCUUGCUUCUUGAUGGCAGAGAAGAUUCUGAAAAACAAAAGCUGAUGCUUAUUGACUUUGAAUACAGCAGUUACAAUUAUAGAGGGUUUGAUAUUGCUAAUCAUUUCUGUGAAUGGAUGUUUGACUAUGUGCAUGAAAAAUACCCAUUCUUCAAAGCGAACUUCAUGAACUAUCCCACAAGGAAGCAGCAGCUUCAUUUCAUAACCAGUUAUCUAGCUGCAUCUCAAAGUGGAUUUGAAAAUCUGAGCCAUGAAGAUAAGUCCAAAAUAGAAGAUGAUAUGUUGGUUGAAGUAAACAGGUUUGCUCUUGCAUCUCAUUUCUUCUGGGGACUGUGGUCCAUUAUACAGGCAAAGAUAUCAUCUAUUGAGUUUGGAUACAUGGACUAUGCACUCUCCAGAUUUGAUGCCUACUUUGAGCAGAAGAGGAAACUCAAAGUGUGAAGGUUGAAGACUGGACGAUCAGUCACUGUACUGUAUAAGGAAGGCAGCUGGGCAGAAAUUCCACUGUGCUUAGGCUACUGUAGUUGUAAUGAAGGUUUUGCAAAUUCCAACUACUCGGAUGCAAUGCUGAAGACUGCACAAAAUGGCUGUUUACUUUUUUUACAGUUUCAUAAGUCUCUGGAAUGCAAAUUGAUAGCUGAUGGAUAAUAUAACAGUGCAAUAUCAAAUGUUUUAAAUCUAGAAGGUAUUAUGAGGGAAACCUUGAGUGUUAAUGUGAACCAUCCCUUAUUUCAAAAGCAAGAAGUGUUAACUGUCGGUAUCUAUUUUUUUAACUAACAUAUUUUAUUGACAAUGCAUUAUCUAAGCUACCAGUUAAGAGGGAAGUUCCAGUUCUCUCUCUCUGUCUCUCGUUUUGUUAAGGGGAAAUGAUUACACUGUGAAUUUUUGCUGAAACCUGUUUGAGCAAAGAUCAUUGUUAUGUGACAGAUGUAUGUCAAUCAGUUCAGAAAAAGACUGGUAAAGUAACACUAAUCCAUGCUGGGCUAAAAUAACUCAAAAGAGCUUCUACAACCCAGCUUCUCUUUUCAUGCAGUAGCUUUCAUUUUCUGGUAUGUUGGUAGAACAAGGCAAUACAGAUACGUCUCAAACUGGAGCAUGCAAGUCUUGCUAUUUCCUGUUAGCUUAUUUCACAGUUUCCAUCCAGGAUACGCUAAACGUUCAGUAACAGUCAUGUUGUAUUGCAUUGUUCUUCUCUAAGAAGAGGUUCCCCAGGCUGACAGAAAUGGGAUGAGUGCCUUGAAUUCCUCUAGCAGCUGCUUCUUGCUAAAAGGAGAAAAGUAGGGGCAAACGAAAAACAGGGAGGAGCUGAAAAGAACACUUGAGCAGUGGUGGCAGGCUGGUGCCUUGUUGGGGGCCCGCUGCUCCUUGUUUAAAACCCUGCCACCUUUCCAACAGUUAAGUGGAUGUUUCUUUUGCAAAGAAUACAUUGAACUAUGUAUGUGAAAACUCCAAUAAGUAUAAGUUUUGUGAAGGUAUCUAGAAAAUGUAUCUCCUAACUAUUCUUUGGUGUGCUUUCUGCUUAACUUGUAUUGGACAAAUAAACUUUUUAAAGUCUUU